UUGAGGUUAUAUACAAAUAUGUUAGGGGCAGUUUGUGAUAGGACCUGAGGCUGUUUCCACCAUCGUUAUUUAAUCCAGGCAUCGUUUCCUAGCACGAGACUACCUACAGUAUUAUACUGAGAUAUAUAAACUGUUAGAAUACGAGUAUAUAAGGUUGAGGUUAUAUACAAAGAUGUUAGGGGCAGUUAGUGAUAGGACCUGGGGCUGUUUCCACCAUCGUUAUUCAAGGCCAGGCACCGUUGCCCGGCAAGACGAGCUGUGUUAUCGGCGGGACGUGAUCGUUAACCUAUCGCGGGGGGAGAGACCAGUCGACGUUGGCCCGCCCUGCCGGCUGCACGCGUCUAAGCGCGGCCUGAAACAAACAUAUCAUAGUGUUUCUAAGUGUUUUUUUUUUGUAUAAGCCCCUUGUGUAUACGGUUGUGAUCAUUUUCCUAUAAACUAUUAUAAACUUUUUGCACAUUAUAAAUGUGGCACUUUGUGUAUAAGGCACUUUUGAUAUACGCGCUUUACGUGUAGUAAAUUUUACAGUAGUGAUUUAUAAAUGAACCAGUUUUGAUGCCAUUUACGUAGUGUGUGUAAGUUAGCGAAGAUGUCUCAAAUGCCUCAGCAGGGUUUUGUGCCUGAGAAAAUCCAGGAAUUCAACCGACGAGCAUCGCAAGAUGCAUCCGAUUCUGUGAAGAGAAACUCCCAAGAAUCCACCCCGAAGAAAGAAGCUAGUCAGAAUCAGGACAAACCUGAUGAUAAAACCAAAGUAGAAGACAAACAAACCAAUAGAGCUGACGCAAAUCGUCAAAACCAUGAUAGUAAGAACCCUUUCUCGCCACACUUCUACAGGAGUGGUAGAACUCAGGGACACUUCGAGAUGGGUCCUCGAGGCUUGGACUAUUCUCCUCAUCGCAUGGGACUUGAAUAUUCUAACCGCAUGCGAGAAUACGGGCCGCAGCGUUCGACAUCCAUCCAUGGGCAUGAACUAACUGAUGGGCCGGUUCUUAUGAAGCCGGAGUACUUGGGCCAUAGGAACCAUUUUGGCAGCCAAAUCGUUCAAGGCGGUAUGAACCAUCCAGAUGUGGUGUUUCGCCAGGAUUACUAUGGCCAGAUUGGAUUUUCGCCUCCGCGUGCUUCGAGGUUUUCGUCUCAGGAGUAUCUGAAUGCUCCCGCUCAGUAUGGAAGGUGGCCUGAUUAUAGAGCUGAGUAUAGGCAGAGGAGGAGAUCACAGCAGGACCUUCAUUCUAUGGGGCACAGUCCAGAAUCAGGUAUGGUUAGAUUUAUUAUUUUUAAAGUACCUAUUUGUGGACUUUGGGCUUUUUCAGUUAGGCUAGUUCCUUGAUUUCUGGCGCGACGCUUCGGCGCCGCCGCUUACGCCAC